UUGUGGAGACAAUAAUGGACAAUCGAAAGCACUUAGUCUAUAACUUUGGUGGUGAAGAAGUAGCAGAUGAUGAUUUUCCGGAAUGUUCAACACACUCUAUUCCUACAGCAAGAAGCCUAGUAUUUAGUAAUACUGAGAAGGCUUUGGUUCGUCCAAGAAGGACUGGUAGAGGUCCAAGAAAUGAAGUAAAGAAUAGGAUGAAAAACAUUGGAGCUCACCUUAACAAUGCUGUUCUUGAAAAGAAAAAGAGAAUGGAGUCAUAUAUUAAAGAUGUUGUCAAAGACUGUGACAGGCAUAUCAAACAACAUUGGAAAGUUCAUCAAGAUGAAGUGCGGGAUUUUAAAAUUGAAUAUACUGAGCAGAUUAUAACUCUGUUUCAGCAGUGGGAUUCUGAUAUGAAGAAAGUUGGGGACCUUGAAGAUAACCUAACUAAUUCCUUUUAUCAGCAACAGAAGACUUUUCAACAAAUUAGAUCUCGGCAGAGCCACAGCCUGAAAGCACUUACACAGGCAAAUGAAAAAUUCCUAAAGGGUAUGGAGAACUUGGAGAAGGACAAGAACAGUGUACUUUCUAGUGUACAAUGUGAGUUUAAAAAGCAAAUGGUUUUCCUGCAAAGCAAAAUUACAGAUGGUUAAAUACAGAUUUAUAACAACACGGAAUAGAAGAUGUACCCAAAUACUUAGUUUUCCUUAAAUACAAAUGUUAUUCUGAUGAGUCUUGAGAAAAUCUUGAACCUGAGUUGAUGUAAUUCUUGUUACCUCAGACACAUGUCUUUAUAAUUUGACUGUAUUUUAUACUACCUUUAAUCAUUAACUGUUUAAAAUGUGGCACCUCUAUUCCUGUUGAGUUCUAAAUAAACAGCUGUUGACCUG